GUUGACUAAAGUCUAGAGUAUUGAUCACCGCCAGCUCGUAGUAGUCAACCUUAAAUGUUUCCUCUAUAAAUUUUUUACCAUACCCAAUCUAUCUUUCUGGUCAAUUCCUAUGUUCUACCUCCAACUCAAAAAGUAAGCUUCAAGCAAGAUUACUAAGAAUUCUUCAAUUUUGACGUGAUUUUUCGUUUUUCGCUAAUUCCAACUUCCAGCUUCGCCCUUUACAGGCGAAGGAGACUUGGAUUUCUUGCAUCUUAUCUUCUUGGCUCAAAUGGGUGCUAGCAAAUCUGUCCCAGAAAAAUCAAUCCAUGAAUUUACCGUGAAGGAUAGCAAGGGAAAGGAUGUUGAUCUAAGCAUGUAUAAAGGGAAAGUUCUCCUGGUUGUUAAUGUUGCUUCCAAAUGCGGGUUUACCAAUACCAAUUAUACCCAAUUGACCGAGUUGUAUCAAAGAUACAAGGACAGAGGUUUUGAAGUUUUGGCGUUUCCGUGCAACCAGUUUCUUAGGCAAGAACCUGGUUCAAGUGAAGAUGCUGCAAAUUUUGCAUGUACAAGAUUCAAAGCUGAGUACCCUAUUUUUAAAAAGGUUUGCGUCAAUGGAUUGAAAACAGCACCAGUGUACAAAUUCCUUAAAGCAAGUAAAAGUUCUUUAUUUGGUAAUAGUAUUAAAUGGAACUUCACAAAGUUCCUUGUCGGAAAGGAUGGAAAGGUCAUUCAACGAUAUGGUACGAGGACUCCUCCUUUGUUCAUUGAGGGUGAUAUCCAGAAGGCGUUAAACGAGGACAUGUAACAGAUCAUUAUAAUUGGGUAUGCUGUAAUGAGUUUUCUCAUCUAUUGUUGUGUUAUUAUUAAUAUAAGUUUUGCCAUUGUAUGUAAUUUAGUGCCAUACUGAAUAAAUUUGGUAAGUGUAGAUAAUAUUUAAUGUUCUUUAUGGAACUACCAUAUGUAAAAUGUGUUAAUUAAUGUAUGAUUUCUUGUUUUGAUUU